AUGGAGGUUAUAUACUUAGAUGCAGCAGCAAAAGAGGUGCAGGAUCUGCAGCAGCAGGAGUUGCUGCAGCAGGAGAUGCAGCAGCAAAUACAGCAGCAGGAGCAGCAGCAAAGAAAAAAUAAAAUUAUAAAUACUAUUAAGAAAACAACACAGGGUGUAUCUGCUGCUGUUAUUUUGCUGCUGCUGCUGCGCUUUGCUGCUACUGCAGCAGCAGCAGCAGGACUGAAGCAGACAAAGCAACCACUGCAGCAGCAGCUGCAGCCGCAAAAAGAUACAGCAACAGCAGCAGCAGCAGGAGCAGCAGGAGAAGAAGAGACACCUAUAUCUAAACAGGAGAAGCCUAUAGAUAAAAAGGAGACAAAAAAAGAAGAAAAAAAAGAAGAAAAAAAGGAGACAAUUGUCUCCUCUAUAGAGGAGACACUCUUAUCUGACGAGGAGACACUUAUAGAUAAAGAGGAGACAAUAAUUAUAAAUAAAAAGGAGACAGGGAAGGAGACAGGGGAGGAGACAGGGAGGGAGACAGGGAGGGAGACAGAGGAGGAGACAGGGAAGGAGACAGGGAAGGAGACAGGAAAGGAGGCAGGGAAGGAGACAGGGAAGGAGACAGGGAGGGAGACACCUUUAUCUAUAGAGGAGGCAAUAAAUGCAUUAAAGGAGACAAUUUUAUUUAAUAAAGAAAAAGAUAUAAAUAAUAAAAAGGAGACACCUUCCUUAGAGGAGGAAGAGGAAGAGGAGAAGGAGGAGGAGGAGGAGGAGGAAGGAGGAGAAGGAGAAGGAGGAGAAGAAGAAGAGGAGGAAGAAGAAAAGGAGACACCUAUAUAUAAAGAAAAGGAGACACCAAGAAUAAGGGAAAGAAUUAUAGGAGAAAAGGAGGUAGUAAUAGAGGGACAGACUAAGCCUAUAAUAAUAAAAGAAAUAAUGUAUUUAUCUAGUAAGGAGGAAGAAGAAGAAGAAGAAGAAGAAGGAGGAGGAGGAGGAGGAGGGGAGGAGGAGGAGACACUAGAUAAGGAGACACUUACUUAUAAGGAAGAAGAUGAUGAUGUUUUCUUACCUACAGAGGAGAUACUAACAAGAGAAGAAAGAGAAGAAUUAUUUAAUAAAAAAAAAGAAUUAAUUAAUAAAAAAAAAAAAGAAAUAAAUAAUAAACAAAAGGAUAUACUUAUUAAUAAACAAGAAAAGGAGACAAUAGAGGAAAAAAUAGGAGAAAAGGAGACACUUUUACCUACAAAGGAGACACUUGUACAAGAAAAGGAGACAGUUAUACAAGAAAAGGAGACACCUAUGCAAGAAAAGGAGACAGUUAUACAAGAAGAGGAGACAGUUGUACAAGAAGAGGAGACAGUUGUACAGGAGGCAUCUAUACAAGAAAAGGAGACACCUAUACAAGAAAAGGAGUCACCUGUACAAGAAAAGGAGACACCUGUACAAGAAAAGGAGACACCUAUACAAGAAGAGGAGACACCUGUACAAGAAAAGGAGACACCUGUACAAGAAGAGGAGACACCUAUACAAGAAGAGGAGACAGUUAUACAAGAAGAGGAGACAGUUGUACAAGAAAAGGAGACAGAUAUAGAAGAAAAGGAGACACCUAUACAAGAGGAGGAGAGAGUUAUAGAAGAAAAGGAGACACCUACACAAGAGGAGGAGACAGUUAUACAAGAGGAGGAGAGAGUUAUACAAGAAAAGGAGACAAUUUAUCCCCCUAUAGAGGAGACAAUUGUAUAUGAAGAAAAGGAGACAAUUUAUCCCCCUGUAAAGGAGACAGUUGUACAUAAAAAGGAGACACUUUAUCCUCCUAUACAAGAGACAUAUAUAUAUACAGAUAGGGAGACACCUGUCCCUAUAGAGGAUAUACCUAUAGAAGAAAAGGAGACACAUAUAGACGGAGAGGAGGAGACAGUUGUCUCCUCUAUAGAGGAGGAGACACCCUUAUAUAACCACAAAGGAGACACAGACGAAGAAGAGGAGACAAGUGUCUCCUCUAUAGAGGAGGAGACACCUAUACAAGAAAAGGAGACACCUAUACAAGAAAAGGAGACACCUAUACAAGAAGAGGAGACAGUUGUACAAGAGGAGGAGACACGUAUAGAAGAAAAGGAGAAAGAAAAGGAGACAGUUGUGUCCUCUGAUGAGGAGACAGGUGCCUCCUCUGAAUUAGAGGAAGUGUCUCCUUUAGAGGGUAAAGAAUUUCUUUAUGAAUUUGCUGUCCCUUCCCCUGUCUCCUCUUCUGUCUCCUCCUCCCUUUCCUCUUCCCUCUCCUCUUCUGUCUCCUCCUCCCUCUCCUCCUCUCUCUCCUCUUCUCUCUCUCCUUCUGUCUCCUCUUCUCUCUCCCCAUCCUCUGAUGAGGAGACAUCCUUAGGGGAAGAGGAGACACCUUCUAGGGCACAGGAGACACUUGCAAGGGGAGAGGAGACAGUCUCCCCCCCUACACAGGAGACAGUCUCCUCCCCUACACAGGAGACAAUCUUACCUAUAGAGGAGCCAGUCUCCUCCCCUACACAGGAGACAUUCUCCUCCCCUACAGAGGAGACAGUCUCCACCCCUACACAGGAGACAGCCUCCUCCCCUACAGAGGAGACAGCCUCCUCCACUGCAGGGGAGACAGCCUCCCCCACAGAGGAGACAGCCGUACCUACAGAGGAGACACCCCUAAAGGUAGAGGAGACAGUCUCUUCCUCUACAGAGGAGACACCCCUAAAGGAAGAGGAGACAGUCUCCCCUAGACAGGAGACAGUCGUACAAGGAGAGGAGACAGUCUCCCCUACAGGGGAGACUGUCGUAACUCAAGAGGAGACACCUUUAACAGGAGAGGAGACAGUCUCCCCUAAGGAGGAGACAGUCUCCCCUACAGAGGAGACAGUCUUACCUACAGAGGAGACAGUCUCCCCUACAGAGGAGACAGAAGUCCCUCAAGAGGAGACACCUUUACAAAGGGAGGAGACAGUCGUAAAAGGAGAGGAGACAGUCGUAAAAGGAGAGGAGACAGUCUCCCCUAUUAAGGAGGAGACACUUUUAUCUAAGGAGGAGGAGACAGUAGUACAAGGAGGGGAGACGGAUGUGCAUAAAGAGGAAACAGGUGUCUCCUCUAUAGAGGAGACAGUCCCCUUACCUACAGAGGAGACAGUCCCCGUACCUACAGAGGAGACAGCCUCCUUACCUACAGGGGAGACAGUCCCCUUACCUACAGAGGAGACAGCCUCCUUACCUACAGAGGAGACAGUCCCCUUACCUGAUAAGGAGACACCCUUACCUACGGAGGAGACAAAGGAGGAGACAGAAGAGGAGACAACUAUAAGAAAGGAGGAGACACCUAUAGAAGGAGAGGAGACAACUGUAAGAGAAGAGGAGACACCUAUAAGAAAAGAGGAGACACAUACAACAGAAGAGGAGACAGUCUUACCUACAGAGGAGACAAGUGUCCCCUCUACAGAGGAGACAGUCUUACAAGAAAAGGAGACACCUAUAACUAAGGAGGAGACACCCUUAAAGGAAGAGGAGACAGUCUCCCCUACAAAGGAGACAGUCUCCCCUGCUGAGGAGACAGUAUCCCCUACAGAGGAGGCAGUGUCCCCUACAGAGGAGACAGUAUCCCCUACAGAGGAGACAGUAUCCCCUACAGAGGAGACAGUCGUACCUACAGAGGAGACAGUCUCCCCUGUAGAGGAGACACCUAUACAAGGAGAGGAGACACCUAUAAAGGAAGAGGAGACACAUACAAAGGAAGAGGAGACACCUAAGACAGAAGAGGAGAGAGGUACAAAAGAAGAGGAGACACCUAUAAAGGAAGAGGAGACAAGUGUCCCCUCUACAGAGGAGACACCUUUAGCUAAGGAGGAGGCACCUGUACAAAAAGAGGAGACACCUAUGCAAGGGGAGGAGACAGCUGUAACAGGAGAGGAGACAGUCUCCCCUACAGAGGAGACACCUCUUGUACAAGGAGAGGAGACACAUAAAGAAGAGGAGACAGUUGUACAAGAAGAGGAGACACCUGUACAAGAAAAGGAGACACCUGUACAAGAAAAGGAGACACCUGUACAAGAAAAGGAGACAGUUGUACAAGAAAAGGAGACAGUUGUACAAGAAAAGGAGACACCUGAACAAGAAGAGGAGACACCUGAACAAGAAGAGGAGACAGUUGUACAAGAAGAGGAGACACCUGAACAAGAAGAGGAGACACCUGUACAAGAAAAGGAGACAAUUGUACAAGAGGAGGAGACACCUGAACAAGAAGAGGAGACAAUUGUACAAGAAGAGGAGACACCUAAAGAAGAAGAAGGUAUAGUUGCCUCCUUUUUUAGUAAGACUGUCUCCUCCCUAGUGGGGGCAUUAUUCUCUCGUAAGGAGACACCUAUACAAGAAAAGGAGACACCUAAGGAAGAAAAGGAGACACCUAAGGAAGAAAAGGAGACACCUAAGGAAGAAAAGGAGACAGUCCCCUCUAUAGAGGAGGAGACAAGAGAGGAGACAUUUUUAUCUAAGAGGGAGACACCUAUAAAGGAAGAGGAGACAACUGUCUCCUCUGCAGAGGAGGAGGCACCUAUACAAGAAAAGGAGAUACCUGUACAAGAAAAGGAGGAGACAGUCUCCUCUACAGAGGAGACACCUCAGCAAGAAGAGGAGACAGUUAUGCAGGAAGAGGACAUACCUGAGGACGGUUUGCGUUUCUUGUUCAGGGGUAGCUCCGUUUAA